GUGGAGCGUCCUGCUCUGUGUCUUUGCUCUGGGACUCUUUGUUUCAGGACUUUUAUGACUUCCUCUGUUGUUCUUAAACGGUGUCAGUAUCUUCUCCCUGGUCUCUUAUCAGAGAGCAGAGUUCAUCUCUGGAUCCCGGCUACACAUUCCAUUCCCCCGUUUCAGCCUCCUCACGGGGGGGGGGGGGGGUGACCUCGUCACCGCUGACGUUGUCAUCAUAUGUUGCCGCUCCACCUCGUUGUCGAGCGAGCGCUGAUGGCUCGAGGACCUGAAGCUGUUUAUCUUCCUCAACACGUCUUCUUCUGAGUUUUUGUUUCCCCUCAAAUCCAGCAAAGCUUCAGAAAGCAGAACUCACAGAGAAGCGGCGGCUGCGCGGCGUUCCCGUGUUUCCUCUCCUGAGGAGAUGAAGGCCGACUGUGCACUUUGUGUUCAGUGACAACAGGAUUCAUUAAAAAGGGAUUAUUUGGGACUCUGUUGACACUGAAAUGAAGAACUUGUUCCCUCUUUCUCUCUUUCUCUCAGAUCCUAUUGCGGGCUGAUUAAAUCCCCCCAUCACCAACACCACCUCCUCCUCCUCCUCUUCCUCCCCAUGUCCCUGCAGGGCGGGAGGCGGCGGUGGUGGCGGCGGGCGCUCGCUCGUUGACGGGCACAUGGCGCUCCCGAGGCGGCUGGCGCUCUGCGUGCUGACCGGCGGCGUCCUGCUGUACAUCUACAUGCUGCGUGUGAGCGUGGAGAAGACCCCCCCCACGCGGCCCCUCCAGCACCACGGCAGCUCCAGCAGCUCACGGGACUCUGAGACCAGCAGAGACCAGCAGACCCUUCAGACCCCCAGCGCCCCCCCAGAGGUCUCCCCGGGACCGGCUCCCACCGGGAAGACUCCAACCUCCACGGCCGCGCACCUCCAACCAGCCGAGUCCAGUUCCAGGUCUGAUGGAGCAGACCGCACCAGGACCAGAACCAGUACCAGAGCCCCCAUAGGACUGCAACCCCAGCAGCUCAUCCCAACAGAGCCCCCAUUCAUCGGAGACACGUACCUGAGCGAAGACACCCCGCCACUCACGGACUGCCCAGACGACAUCCGGAGUCGGGUCACCCAGACGGAGUUUGGUGGGCGGUUCCUGGAACACAUCCCGGUCCUGCAGUGGGCCCAACACGUCACUCCUGAACAGCACCAGCGCCUCAGCCAGUACCCAGGAGGACACGGCUGGGGGGGCGUCGACUACCACACGCUGCUGGACACUCUGUCCGUCCUCAACUCGUCCGCAAACCGCCGGCUGCUGGACGACUGGACGCAGCGCGCCAACGAGUCCCGCUGCAGCCGCUGUGCCGUGGUGGGCAACGGGGGCAUCCUGAGGGGCUCGGGGAGGGGCCCCGAGAUCGACGGCCACCACUACGUCUUCAGGACCAACGGGGCCAUCACUGAGGGCUUUGAGGGUGACGUGGGGUCCCGGACCACCCACUACACCUUCUCCACCAACACGCUGAUGAACUCCAUGAGGAGCUACGCCGCCGCCGGCUACCGAGGGCCCCCGGUGUCAGGAGAGACGCGCUACGUGUUCCUGCCCGACCACGACCGGGACUACCUGCUGAUGAAGGCUGCUGCCACACACACACUGGUGGAGAGAGGGCCCGAGAGGGCCAAAGAUCCGUCCAGGUACUUCGGGGACGACGUGUCGGUGGAGAAGCUGAAGAUGUAUCACCCCGACUUCAUCCGCUACCUCAGGAACAGGUUCCUUCGCUCCAAAGCCCUGAAAACCAAAUACAAGGACAUCUACCGCCCGUCCACCGGCGCCGUGAUGCUGCUGGCCGCCGUGCACACCUGCGACCAGGUGAGCGCGUACGGCUUCAUGACCUCGGACUACAGGAACUACUCGGACCACUACUACGACCGCGGCUACCGGCCCGUGGGCUUCUUCAUCAACCACGACCUGCUGCUGGAGAUGAGCCUGUGGCAGCGGCUGCACCGGGCCGGCCUCAUCCGGCUCUACACGCACCAGUGAACCCAGUUCAUCGGGUCUACAAGGACCAGUGAACCCGGUUCAUCAGGUCUACAAGGACCAGUGAACCCGGUUCAUCAGGUCUACACGGACCAGUGAACCCGGUUCAUCGGGUCUACAAGGACCAGUGAACCCGGUUCAUCGGGUCUACAAGGACCAGUGAACCCGGUUCAUCGGGUCUACACGGACCAGUGAACCCGGUUCAUCAGGUCUACAAGGACCAGUGAACCCGGUUCAUCAGGUCUACACGCACCAGUGAACCCAGUUCAUCGGGUCUACAAGGACCAGUGAACCCGGUUCAUCGGGUCUACACGGACCAGUGAACCCAGUUCAUCGGGUCUACAAGGACCAGUGAACCCGGUUCAUCGGGUCUACAAGGACCAGUGAACCCGGUUCAUCAGGUCUACACGGACCAGUGAACCCAGUUCAUCAGGUCUACAAGGACCAGUGAACCUGGUUCAUCGGGUCUACACGCACCAGUGAACCCAGUUCAUCGGGUCUACAAGGACCAGUGAACCCGGUUCAUCGGGUCUACAAGGACCAGUGAACCCAGUUCAUCAGGUCUACAAGGACCAGUGAACCCGGUUCAUCAGGUCUACACGGACCAGUGAACCCGGUUCAUCAGGUCUACAAGGACCAGUGAACCCAGUUCAUCAGGUCUACACGGACCAGUGAACCCAGUUCAUCAGGUCUACAAGGACCAGUGAACCCGGUUCAUCAGGUCUACACGGACCAGUGAACCCAGUUCAUCAGGUCUACACGCACCAGUGAACCCGGUUCAUCAGGUCUACAAGGACCAGUGAACCCAGUUCAUCAGGUCUACAAGGACCAGUGAACCCGGUUCAUCAGGUCUACACGCACCAGUGAACCCGGUUCAUCAGGUCUACAAGGACCAGUGAACCCAGUUCAUCAGGUCUACAAGGACCAGUGAACCCGGUUCAUCAGGUCUACACGGACCAGUGAACCCAGUUCAUCAGGUCUACACGGACCAGUGAACCCGGUUCAUCAGGUUAUACAGAUUUACUUUUAUUUUAUUUUAUUGUUAUUGGUCGUGAUUUUGUUAUCGAUAACUUUGGGGAUGUCCAGAGGAUUUAAAUUCUGCCUGCUUCAUGUUUUAUGGUUAAUGACCCAAAACCUCCAGAGGUGCCGACGUCCCAGCAGCCUCUUGGUUUCAUGACGUCAUGAACAGGAAACGCUCCUCCAGCUGAACUCUGUGAAGAAACUACACAAGUGCACUUUGUGUCCACAAGGGGGCGCAGUGAGGCGAUGGCAACGUUGUGUCUACUGGACUUCAGAGCCUUCUAAACUAAGUGAACCAGGAGUUUGUUGUUGUUGUUGUUGUUGGGCCAAAGCUCCUCCAGGUUUAUUGUUGUCUCUGGAACUGAGCCUCAGACUUUAUUGUGUAAACGACGCUGAGAUAGAAACCAAAGAAACUUCAAUCAGGGAACAGUGAGUGUGUAAUAUUUACCGUGCAGUCGAUUCAUGUUCAAAGUGAUCAAGUAUUGAUCGUGUUUUAACAAACAGGAAGGACUUUAGAGAGCCAUUUGAAAACCUGUAAAAACUAAACUGAUCUCAUCUCAGCCGGUUUGUGGUUCUUUCUUUAACGAGUUGGUCUGCUCCCAGAAUUUAGUGUAAUGUCCAGAAAUGAAGUGUAAACUUCUAUCCUGUUUGUUCGUCUUGUCUUUCUUUUUGUUUUGUUCUGUUUGUCUCUUGUUCCCUGUAAAGCGUCUUUGGGUAUUUAGAAAAGCGCUAGAGAAGUCCGAAUUAUUAUUAUUAUAUUCAUGAAAUCACUUUCCAUCAAUUCAUUUAAUUGAUGCUCAAAUGUGUCUUCAUGCAAUUUACAUUUCAUUAUAUAUAUAUAUAUGUACAAUACAAUGCGUGUAUAUGUGUAUACAGGCACGUGCACAGAUAGAGCCCUCGUGGUGCUCAAGCACCAGCCCUUUUGCCCUGGAUGAGUAAAGUGCCCUUUUUGCUGGAGCCCACUUUUUUCAUUCAUCAGCAUUCAAGAAUACAAGUUUCUCUCUCUGUCAUCAAGUCCCCCCAAAUGUGUUUUAAUAUCCGACGGGGCAUUUAUUUGAGUUCUUGUGAGAAUUUCGACCCGACAUGCUCCGCGGCGCUCACGAGCCCCCCCCCCCCCUCUCCCCCCCGCCGCGCCCCUCCUUCUCCUCUGACGCGCAGCACCAGACAAACAGGUCCUGACGGUGUUUGUCCCCUGACGUUGUUUUGUGAUGAAUCAACCACAACAUUAGCGCUGCUGAAAACAUGACGUCACAACUGGUCCGACGUUUCCUAAACAAAUAAACAAACAAAAACUCACGAAAUCCGUGAUUUCAAAGCCUCGUCCAGCUGUUUACUGACGUUAGUUAUGUUUAGAGAAUAGAGAGAGAAGAGAGGGAGAGAGUAUUCUUAAUCCGUUCUAUUUAACAGGGCUAGUCUAGGAUUUGCGUGGCCAGACUGAAAACAAAUCAUAAGGCCUCUCUGGUAUUGUUCAGAGGGCCGGGCCAAAUGUGGAGGCAGGCCGUAUUCGGCCCGCUGGCCUUAGUUUGAGGACCACUGCUCUUAGCAGUUGAUGUCUAUCAAUAUCGCUCAUUUUGAAAAUGACGUCAGAGGGCAAUACGGAUCCGUAUCAGACCAGGAGGUCAAUAUGUGGCUGGCAUGACGACCCAUUAGCCAAUCAGAACGCUUGUACUGUUGUUGCUAUACAAUAAUUCGUCUUUAUUCAUAAAGAAAAUGUAAGCUAGCGGUCUGAUGCUGCCAGAGGAAACGCAGGUCGAGGACAGCAUCAUCAGUGUAUUGAUGCUAAUGCUUCAACUCUGUCACAAAACAUUUUUGGCAAUGGGUGCCCUUUUUUUGGGUUUGAGCACCUGCCCCCCAAAAUGUCUGUGCACGUGCCUGUGUGUAUAUAUAUGUAUACAGGUACAUAUAUAUAUAUGUGUGUGUGUGUAUAUUGUUAGAAGUGGGACAAAUAAAUGCGAAUUUUUCUGGGAUUAGCGAGAAUAGACCAGGCCGGGAAAAGUGAAUGCGGAAUGUGAGUAAUAAAACAGAUCAAAGGGGACCCCAGUUCCAUUAGACUACAACAAUAGGAAAGCAACAAGGCAUCCAUCAGGCCGGCCGACAGGGAGAGUGGCUGUAAGAUCAAAUGAAAGCAUCGAGGCCAUCGCUGGGACGAGAAGCAGAGGGCCAGGUGUGACAGAACACGGGUCCUGAGGUGUCAGCGGAGGCGUUUACAACCGGCUCGACACGACUGGACCAUGGCCCCUCUUGUGAUAUUCAAAUGAAGACCUGGUUGAUUGUGUGUUCAGGAGCCCAUAUCCUGACCAAAUGGGCCAGAGAGGAUGUUACUACGAAGUGAAUAAACACAAGCCUGGAUUCAUGUGUGUUAACCUGCCUGUAGAUCAAUGGUCUUUGAUAUGAUAAUGUAAUAUAUGUCUCCCAAUAUGUUCUGUAUCCUGACCCCCGGUUAGAGUGUGUUUGAUGUCACUGGCAUCGGGAAGUCUCACCUGGUCUGAAAGGAUCAUAAAGAGGGUACCCUAAAUGCCUGAGAGAUAAGAGGAGACACGGAGGUGACCGAGCUCAUCUAAACCAGCUAAGACAACAGUCCCCCUCUUUGAUGUGGGACAGAGAGUCUCCCCAGAACCUCUCAGGAAGAGAGGGGGGGGGGGAUGAACCCCCCAUCAGCACCCCCAGAGAGGGACGGAUAUCCGGUAAAAGUGGGAGGAGCCGAGGGUAUAAAGGUGACGAACAGGGAAAAGGAAAAAGGUCUUUGGGAGAGUUUUUGAGAAAAAAGGGUUUUUUCAUAUGUUGUGGUUUGCGUCAGGCGUCCGUGAAGAACUCACGGGCGCCUGACGUACUUUGUCUAUUUUUCUUCUUUCUUUUCUGAAAGGCUGAAGAAAAGGAGAGUUUUUUGAGUUCUUGUGACUUUUGCGUCAGGCUCCCGAGAGGGAACUCACUUAUAAUUGUACUUUGUUUAUUUCUUUCUUCUUUUUUUGAAUAAAAUACUUGGCUGCCUUGCAGUCUUAAACUUUA